AUGCUGGACCACAUGUCCCGGCGCUCCCGCUCCCUUCUCUCACUCUCGCUCACCUCGCUCGCCCUGGCUCUCUCCGUACUGGCCUUCUGCACCUCCUACUGGUGUGAGGGAACGCACAAAGUGGUGAAACCGCUCUGCCUAUCGCCCGUCAAGAUGAAGAACUGUGGCCAGAACAACAGUGAGCCUUACACUACAGAAAGCCCAACUCCGGACCCCCGGGGACCCUCCAACAGAACGAUGUCGCCAAAACGGAGGGAGGAACUGGCCAGGAUUCGGCAGAGGCAGCUGGCCAACGCUGUGCAUUAUAUCUGGGAGACAGGGGAGGACAAGUACAUGUUCCGCUACUUCCACACAGGCUUCUGGGAGUCCUGUGAGAAACAUGCUGAUGGGGAACGAUGCCGCAGCUUCCUCGAUCUAACCCCUGGAGAAACGCAUGGUGUCCUCUGGUUGUCCAUGGUUUCUGAGUUCAUGUACAUCAGUUUGCUGGGGAUGGGUUUCCUGCUGAUGUGGCUGGAGGUUUUGUGUUCUCAUAAAGAGAUGCACGCUCUUAAAAUCAAUGCCUUCGCCGCCAUAUGCACUGUGCUGUCAGGCCUCAUGGGGAUGGUGGCUCAUAUGAUGUACACUACUGUCUUCCAGCUGACUGUUAUAGUUGGACCCAAAGACUGGAGGCCGCAGAGCUGGGACUACGGCUGGUCGUUUGCGUUGGCCUGGGUGUCCUUCAGCUGCUGCAUGGGUGCCGCCGUGCUCACCCUCAACUCCUACACCAAAACCAUCAUCGAGAUGCGGCACCGCCAGCGGCUCCGGCUGGAGGAGUCCCGGGCUGCCAGCCGCGCUCCGGCCUACGAGGAGGUGGUGCCGGGGGCAGGAGGACCGGGGCUGUACUCCGUCAGCAGCCUUCUGCACUGCCCCAACGGCAUGAUGGACACGAUGUGGGCGGACGGCAGCAUGGGGGUGGUGGGGGACGGAGACGUCCCCACGCUGGUGCUGGUAGGGGGCUGCGGACCGGAAGGCUGCGAGGAUUGCGAGAGAGAGAUGGACGAAAUGGAGGACGCCAUGGACAGAGACAGAACGGAUUCACCGUGUUAAAGUUUCGACGUUUGGACCAAAAUAUUAGUCAACAGUGUAGUCAAUCAGACAAACCAACCAAUGAAAGCUUAAACCCCACCAAUUAGCAUGGUGCCAAUAGCUUAAACUACACUGUGCGAUGUGUCCCAGCCAAGAUAAGACAGUGGGGAAAAUAAGUAUUUGGUACACUGUUGAAUUUGUGAGUUUUCCCACCUACAAAAAAUGAAGAGGUCUGUUACCCUGGCUGUGUGUUCUGGGUCAUUGUCUUGCUGGAAGACCCAGCCAAGACCCAUAUUUUCAAUGCUUUUACUGAGAGAAGUUGGAGGUAGUUGGCCAUAAUCUUGCAAUACAUGAACCCACAAUUCUCCUUCACUACAUGCAGUCAUUCUGUCCCCCAAUGUAUGAUGCUUCCACCCCCAUGCUUCACGGUUGGGAGGGUGUUCUUGGAUGAAUGAAUUGUUAGAAAAUCAUUUAAUAUAAUUUUCUGGUACCUAUGAUAAAAAUGACAGGCCUCUCCAUUCUUUGCACAACUGGCUACCAAAACAUUAUGUCCAUGGGCCAACAUGCUCAUAUUUGUACCUGUGUGUUACUGGGACUCAGCUGCGCUUCCCAAAUGGGCACCAUCAUUAUACCUUAAUUCAAGCUAAUAUGAAUCUAACCUAGACCCCAUGUGCAGUGUACAACCCAGAUGGGACCCAUGUUUAACCCCUCCUUGCCCCAUGACCGAUGCUGUUGGGUUCCAUCACUUAUAUUCACUAUUGAAUGUCAACAUAGAACCAAAAGACAUGACUUUCUGGGACUGUCUGACUGUUUAUGGGUCAGACCAAGAUUAUGGUGCUCUGUAAAGAUGGUGCCCUUUUGGAAAACCCAACAGGGUCCCAGUUAAAAUAUAUAUGUGCCCCAUGCUGACCUGCCCUGGAGCCCACUUAGCCCACAUUCCACAGAGUUGUAGCACUGUAGCACCAUGCUGACUGGUGGGAUAUACUGUACAGUCUGAUCAUCCAUAACAUUAUGACCACCAGAGCAUCGAUAUGACCAGUGGGCAGCAUGCUGUGACCACUGAUAAAGAACUAGAGGAUGAACCCAACACAAACUGUUCAGAAACAGAUUCAGGACUGCUAUAGGUGAUGUGGAUUGAGUGGAUAGUAGGUAAACAGAGUUUAAAAACUCCAGCAGCACUGUAGCACUGUCUAAACCAGUCCCUGUACCAGCACAACACACACUAACACCUCAUACACCACCACCACCAUGCUAAUCAGAGUCACUACAGUGCUACACUACAGUCUAUA